AGUCACUUUUGGAGCCAGAAUAGACGCGACCGUUUCCACCCGUCUCUUACGGAUUUAGGCAGCCGAAGGAGUGAGCAAGACUGUUGGCUUCUAGGUAUACGCUCGCUUUUCACCCUGGUAUUUCUGUAAUUCAAUGUGUUCCAACAAUUCAUGCAAAAAGAGUUUAUUAUUGUAAAAUCCUUAUCACUUCGGAAGGGCAGGGGCAAGACUCUUUGGCUUCGAGGUAUACAUAAUAGUUUCCACCCGUCUCUUACGGAUUCAGGCAGCCGAAGCAGUGAGCAAGACUGUUGGCUUCUAGGUAUACGCUCGCUUUUCACCCUGGUAUUUCUGUAAUUCAAAUGUGUUCCAACAAUUCAUGCACUACAAUUCAAGAUGAAUGUUUUCUGUCCUCAGUUACUUGAAACCAAGCUGAUGCAUAUCGUUAACGAUACCCGUAUGAACAGAAUAACAUACAUGUACUUAUCAAAACUGAGCAACUUGGCCGGGCUUUCCCAAAACUUUUCAUCUGGUAAUGUAGGUUCCCCAAUACCUCAAUGUCCACCUACACUCACUGCUAUAAACAACCAUACAGAUAUCCAUUGUGGUAAGUCAAUUGAAAUCAAAGGAGCCAAGCAGAUAGUUAUCCAGCAUGGAAAGCCAAUUAGAAAGACAAAUAAGAAACCUAGCACUGGGAAGGAGAAGGGAGACAUAAACUUCCAUCAGAGUAAACUUUCAGAAAAACAGAAGGCAGUAUUAAUGGCCGUCUCAGAGGGAAAAUCUGUCUUCUUCUCUGGAGCAGCUGGAACAGGCAAAACUAGUCUGCUUCGGAAGUGCGUAGCAAUUCUAAAAAAAAAUCAUGGGGUAAAAUCUGUUUUCGUAACAGCAUCGACUGGCAUUGCUGCCUCUGCCCUGAAAGGAACUACUUUACAUUCCUUUGCUGGAAUCGGUAUGGGUUUGGAUAGUGAGGAGAAUUUGCUGUUAAAGGUGGGUCGUGGCCAAGCACUAAACAGAUGGAGAAAAGCAAAAGCCCUCGUCAUUGAUGAAAUAAGUAUGAUUGACGGCGAUUUGUUUGACAAAUUGAAUUGCAUUGCGAAAAGAUUUAGUUCCCAAAAGCAAACAGGUGAAGAAUUCGGAGGCCGACAGCUGGUAGUGACUGGGGAUUUUGGCCAGCUUCCUCCUGUAAAUCCACCAAAUCUUGAAAAACAAUUUGCAUUUCAAGCUGAUUGUUGGCAUAAAUGCUUUGACAUGCAGACAGAGCUGGACAUAAUUUUUAGGCAGUCAGAUUUGCCGUUCAUGAAGAUGUUGAAUGAAUUCCGACGAGGCAUCUGUAGCCCUGAAAGCAUUGAUAUGCUUAGACCUUGCCUAGGACGACCGGAACUUGAUGAUGGUAUGCUAUUCACAAAACUGUAUCCCCACAGGCUUGAUGUCACAAGGGAAAACGAACAGAAACUGAGGGAACUUGAGAAGGAAAUGUUCACUUUCUACGCGGAGGACAGUGGUCAUGAGUAUGCAAUAUCUCGACUUGACAGUACGCCUGUUGUCAAGGAGCUUUCACUCUGUAUUGGGGCUCAAGUGAUGCUCACGUAUAAUAUAAACAUAAAAAAUGGCUUGGUGAAUGGAAGAAAGGGUGUAGUUCAGGGAUUCGAAUUAGAUACCGAUCAAACCAAUGAAAAGGCCAUCACACACAAAGGUGUUUGGCCAGUUGUCAAAUUUCAAAAUCUUAAGCAACCAAAGAUUAUAAAACCCGAGUGUUAUGAGGUGCAUGAUUUUGACAAGAAUGGUAAAGUUAUAGUAGCUGCUAAGAGGAAACAAGUUCCACUGAUUUUAGCAUGGGCUCUAAGUUUGCACAAGAGUCAAGGAAUGACAUUGGACAGAAUUGAAACAGAUCUUAGCAAUGCAUUUGGUUGUGGCAUGGUAUACUUAGCCCUGUCGCGGUUAAAGAAGUUAGACGGGCUUAGACUCCUUGGAUUUGAUCCUUCAAAAGUAAAAGCACAUCCUGAUGUUCUUGACUUCUAUGAAAAGCUUAGCAAGCAUUGAAUGAUUUCCUCAUCUGCUGCAGGAUGGUGCUAAAAUGUAAUGUCCCCUUCUCAAGCGUGAUGUUUCAGUUGACCGAUGGCCUAUUUCGGAGACCUGUAGGCUACUCAAUGGGUGAAAUUAGGGUUUCCAGUUUUGGAGGUUGUUGUUGCUCGUGAAUUAGAGUUUUGAUCGCGGAUUCUUUCUGGGUUUUCAGAGGGCUUCGCAGUGGUAUGUCUAGCUUUGCGUUCCGAGCACUUUUUGGAAUUUACUAUUGUUAGUAAAUUCUAUUUCUGGCAGUGGUCCUGAUUAUUUCGGCACAGUUGGUUCUGUUCUUCAGUUGGUUCAGUUGGCUUCGUCACUUUUGGCCUUGGGAUGUUUUUGGAGAGAUAAGUUCAUUUCAUUUAAAUAAUGUUAUGUUUUAAUGUUAUAUUUUAAAGUUGACCCCUUGGCCUAGCUUCAUCACUUCAAGUUGUUUUAAAAGGUGGUCUUCAAGGGUGGACGCAUCAUGGAAGGGAUUUAAUAUUUCCUAAGGUCUAAAAUCUUGCUUAUGAAAAGGGGUGCCAACUUUAUGAAGAGAAGUGAAUUAAAAUAAAGGUUAAUUAAAGCUUUUAAAAGUGGCGCCAUCUCUUGGAGGAAAAUUCAAAUGUGAAAUUAGGGCGCACUUUCUAGAAGCCUCUAGAGAUUCCUUGUUAAGCCUAUAAAUGGAGGCCUCUUCCCUUCAUUUGGGAUCUUAUGUCUAUUGUAAUGUUACUCUGCCGGAAUGGUAUUGGGGUUGCUUCGAGGAAUGAAUGCCUCCUAGCCUUGGCAUUGCUUCUUGCUUGAAAGAUAGCAACUAGUGGUGAUUUAGUUUAGCUGUGAGAGUUUGUAGUGGGGAUUGCAUUGUAGCUUGAGUUGUGCUUGAAGUUCAGUUAUUUGCAUUUCAUUUCAUUUUCGGGAGUCGCGGUUAGCAAGGCAGAUUUGUAGUUUCACUCAUAUAUUUCAAAAUAAAAACAUAAUCACUCUCGGUAUUGCAUAUUUCCUCUUGUUUUGGCUAGGCGCUCCUUUGUGCAAAUUUGCAGAUUCUAAUAUGAAGUGUUUUAUUUUAUAGAGAAGAAUCGCCAUUUUUGCUUGGCGUCACUGCUGGGAAUUGCCUUGGGGUUCGUGUUAAAUAAUCUGUUGGGUUAAUGUCUGAUUUCUUGGUAUUGGUUGGGUCGCCUCCUUCAUAGGAAGCCUUUGCUUUUGGUUUGGGGUCAUUCGGACUAGUAUUGAGAGAGUAAUGAGCAUUUUAGUGAUUCCAUGUGUUGCUGAUUAAGCAUUUUCAAGUGCAGGUCUGUCAUAACUCGGAAUAUUAAGAUUGAUCCUUGAGUAGAAUUUCUUGGACUUAUCUUUUGUUAAGCCAGGG